AUGAGAGACGGAAGAGGGGGCUCAAACACGGUGUUCGAAGAGGCUGAUAGCCUUAGAAGAUCCCAGUAUGAAGACAUGAAGUAUCCGGAUCCUAGCAUGCCUGUGAAUGCUCCUAUGACUGCUGCAGAUGAUUUAUGCCUUGUUUACAGCAAUGCGGCAGCUAAUUGCCCUGCCUUUGUUGAAGGCAACAGAUUGAGUUGUGAAGUUUCACCCCUAACCAUGUCACCAUGGAACCAAACCAAUACUAUGGAAAAAUCUUCAUGGGUCCCUUUCGACGACGAUAACACUGUUCCGGUGAAUAGCCUCAUCGGGUCUCUCACACGUGAAGAGGGACAUAUUUAUUCCUUAGCAGCCACGAAGGAUCUCCUUUACACUGGCUCCGAUAGCAAGAACAUUCGUGUGUGGAAGAAUCUUAAAGAAUUUACAGGCUUUAAAUCAAAUAGUGGUUUGGUUAAGGCCAUUGUGAUAUCAGGUGAAAAGAUUUUCACUGGCCAUCAAGAUGGGAAGAUUCGUGUUUGGAAAAGCUCCCUUAAGAACCCUACCCUUCAUAAAAGAGCCGGCACUUUGCCAACCCUGAAAGAUAUCCUUAAAAGUUCUAUUAAACCAAGCAAUUACGUGGAAGUGAGACGUAAACGUGCUUUAUGGAUCAAACAUUCGGAUGCGGUAUCGUGUUUGAGCAUGAACGAGGAACAAGGUCUUCUCUAUUCAGCUUCUUGGGACCGGAGCUUUAAAGUUUGGAGAAUUUCAGACUCUAAAUGUCUUGAAUCAGUUCAGGCGCACGACGAUGCCGUUAACUCCGUGGUUUCAAGCUUCGGUGAACUGAUUUUCACAGGUUCAGCAGAUGGAACAGUUAAAGUGUGGAAAAGAGAACUGCUUCGGAAAGGAACAAAGCAUACGUUGGAUCAAACGCUUAUAAAACAAGAAUGUGCAGUAACAGCGUUAGCAAUCAUCACCUCUUCAGGUCCAGCCUUGUACUGUGGCUCCAGUGACGGUUUGAUCACAUACCGAGAACUCGCAAAGGACUUCUCCCAGGGUGGUGCUCUUAAAGGCCACAAGCUGGCGGUUCUUUGCCUCGAGGCAGCUGGGAACUUUUUGUUUACUGGUUCCGCUGAUAAGACUAUAUGCAUUUGGCGUAGGGACGGCAGCGUCCACACGAACAUUUCAGUGCUUACGGGGCAUACGGGGCCUGUGAAAUGCUUGGCAGUGGAAAAGGAUCUGGAAGCAAAGAAAGAGCAGCGGUGGAUUGUCUACAGUGGGAGCCUCGAUAAGUCGGUGAAGGUAUGGAGCGUGUCGGAGUUUCCUCAGGUGGGGACGAUGCAGUCGAAACAUCAGCACCAGGUGAGUUAUGAUACGGAGUCUUUCCCAUGUGAUGGGAGCUCCACCAGCAUAACCAGCCAGCACGGGACAUACUGA